CACUUGCUCUUGCUCCCAUGUCGGCCUACCCUUCCAGCUGCAACCCGUUCGACGACGAUGGCGAGGACGAGGUGGCCCGCCCGCCCGCCGAUCGGCAGCAGGCCCUGCGACAGGAGGUGAUGCGACGGGCCGAGGCCACGGCCGCCAGCUCCAGCAGGUCCUUGUCCCUCAUGUACGAGUCCGAGAAAAUCGGGGUGGCCUCCGCCGAGGAGCUUGUCCGUCAACGAGGAGUCUUAGAACACACAGAGAAGAUGGUAGACAAGAUGGACCAAGAUUUAAAGACAAGCCAAAAACAUAUUAACAGCAUUAAGAGUGUGUUUGGGGGGAUUGUCAACUAUUUCAAACCCAAACCUGCAGAGACCCUGGCCCAGCAGAAUGGCAUGCUCCCCUCCCAGACCAAUAAAAGCCAAAGAUUGCAAGAAGCCAUCAGUACAAGUAAAGAACAGGAAGCAGCGUACCAGGCCAGCCACCCAAAUCUCAGGAAGUUGAAUGACUCAGACUCUGUCCCUGCCGGGACUAGUUCUGCAACGAGUUCCGAAACUUACCCAAAAAAUGCUCAACUCCGUGCCUAUCAUCAGAAGAUCGACAGCAAUCUAGAUGAGCUCUCCUUAGGAUUGGGCCGGCUGAAGGGCAUAGCACUGGGGAUGCAGACAGAAAUUGAGGAGCAAGAUGACAUUCUGGAUCGCCUGACAAACAAAGUGGAGAAGUUAGAUGUCAACAUACAGAGUACAGAAAGAAAAGUUCGACAACUCUAAAGACAAGGAUAUCUGCCCCCACUCUGAUGAAAGAGAUU